CCAGGCUUAUCUCCGGAGGGAGGCCCACAGGAAUGCUCGGAGGUUGGUCUUCUGUUCCUAAGCUCGGGAUGAACGAUUCUCUCUCUCCUCUCUCUCUCACACCACAUGGCCUCUCCUAUUCGACAGCUACCAACAUCUUGAUGAGGUUGGUCUUGCGGUAUAAAAAUCUGCGCACAGCUGCUCCUCAUUCACUCCAAGCACCAUUCUCCAAUCGCAUUCAUCCCAUCACCAGCACCAUCAGCACCAGCAGCACCACCACCGCGACGCACGAUCGACGCUUUUCAAGACAGGUCACAAUCAUGCCUUAUAAUUACAACAGGUUGUACGAAGGCAUGGUCCCCUUUCACAAUGGGUUCAGACAAAAAUUGAGGAUGCUGGAGAUGGCCACGCCCGGAUCGCAAGGUGCGGCCAAGUCCAACGUGUUGAACCUGAUCCGAUUGGCUCUGAGCUUGUGCGAACAUUUGGAGAUGCAUCAUAUGAUCGAAGAGAGGCACAUCUUUGGACAUUUGGCAAGGAGAUUGCCUCAGUUUGAGAGUGGCAAGACGCACGAGGCUGAGCAUGCGCAGAUGCACGCCGCUCUCGAAGAGAUGGAAAAGUAUCUGCGAGCCAGCUCCAAGAAGCUAUCCAGCAGCAAAGGCGCAUUGCCACCUCCUGCGCCCAUGCCCAUUGCGGCAUCUGAUGGCGAAGCGGCUGGAGACGGAGGGAAGAGGGGAGCGGAUGUGGAACGAGCUUGGCCAGAGGAUACGUGGAGCGAAAAGAGAUUCGCGGAGAUGCUGCACAGGUUGAAGACUGUCCUCUUGCCGCACUUGGAGGCGGAGGAGACGAGCUUGAAGGAGGCCAGCAUACGCGGCGCUGGAUUUACAGAGGAUGAAUUGCGCAGGAUACCCUUGUGAAUAAAGUCAACUCAUUUCAGGUCAGGUCAGGGCAGGUCAGAGCAGGGCCACGCAGUCAGGCGCUAGUCGGGCAGUCAAGAGCAGCGUGGAGUGAAGUUAUUCCAUUUCUGCGCGCACACAUCCACUCUCGCACCUCUGUUCACGUGUACCGCGACAUCAUUGCUGUUCGUGAUGCUCCAACGUUCCUCCACCUGGGCGAAGCAUAAGCACGUCAGUGCAAUCCCGUGUCCUGCUGCUGACGUGUUGGAGUCCCUCUCCGUCGCACUACAGUGCACCGCAUAACCAGCAUUUGCCUCCAUUCGAAAUCAUGUACAAUGUCCCGCGGCUUCAUGGCACCAUUCCUUCGUAGAAGCGUACUUGGAAGGGACAGUUUCCUAUAGCACCGCAAAGAUAUCACAUCCAUCUCCUCCACCGCAGCUCGUCCUUCUUUGUUGUUAUGAAAGACGAACCUUGGCACACUCGUCCCCUGGGGACGGAACGGGCGUGU